AUGGAUUUGUGGCAAACAUGCCCAAAUAUGUUUUGUGGAAAUGAGAUGCAAAUAGUCUUUGAUCGGGCAAGGGUUUCUACAUUGGAUCUUUUGACGCUUGAUCCGAUUGAAAUUUCGAGGAAAACAUCAAUGACGGUGAUGGAGGCAGAAGAAUUGAUAUGUAGAGUUGUAGAAGGGUGUAUUCCGAAAGUGCAGAAGUUUCUUUUAGAAGAAGAGAAACAGUUUUUGACGACGGGAGACCGAGUAAUUGAUGGAGUUCUUUCUGGAGGUAUACCGUUGGGCCAUGUUAUAGAAAUUGCGGGAGAAAGUGGAACAGGAAAAUCUCAGUUCUGCAUGCAGCUUUGCUUGACAGUCCAGUUGCCACGGGUGCUUGGUGGGCUUGAAAGAGGGGCAAUCUAUAUUUCUACUGAAACAGGACUUUCUACAAAAAGGCUCUUUGAAAUGGCUCAGGGACUAACAAACCGGCUUAAACAAGAAUAUCCAGAUGUUGAUCUAUGCUUGGAUGGGGUGGGUGAUCGAGUAUACUGUGCAACAUGUGUUGAUCUUGAAGAGCAAGAUCAUAUUAUUCAUUUCCAGCUGCCAGUAGCGUUAGAACGAUAUAAUGCUGGACUCGUUGUUUUGGACAAUAUAACUACUCAUUACCGUGCAGAAUAUGAUAUUUCAAAAGUAUACAGUCAAACAAAAACAACAAAUAAUACGGCAAAAUCUGGUUUAGUUGAUCUCGUGAAUCGAAGCAGAGACUUAGUACGGUUAGGAGCCCAUUUGAGGUCGCUUGCAAGCAAACAUCACUGUGCUAUUAUUGUUAUUAAUCAAGUUUCUGACAAGAUAACAUAUAGUACAGAGACACUUUUGGAUCUCAAUUAUCAAGGUGCAUGGUUUCAGGGCUGGAGUCAUGGAGAAUACCCAUGCAAGGUACCAUCUCUUGGCUUUGUAUGGUCGAAUAAUAUUCAUUCUCGGAUUUUAUUGUUGCGUUCUACACUUUAUGAGAUUUCACAUAUGUCUCCAUCUCGUGCACUGCGGAUUGUGUUUUCACCAUUCUGUGCACCAGCACAAAUUGAUAUUGAAAUUAGGUACGAGGGUAUAUUUUCAAUUCAAACUGUUAUGCAAUAA